CGUUCAUUCAUUCAUUCAUCGGUCGGGGCACCGUCACACACCAGUGUCAACAAAGAAAGAAAGAAACCAACCAAAAGAAAAACCCCAUAGCCAGCUGCCCCUCUCCCUCACUCAUUCAACAGCAAGGUAGAGGUUGAUGUCUAAGCUCAGCUCUGCAAACUCUCCUUCACUCACGGGCGGCAGCUUCUUGACUUUCCGCUUCAGAUUGAACCCGUGCCACUCCCCCUUGCAGUGAGACCGGUACUCAGGCGCCUCCUGAAACCCAACUUGACACGUCGAACACGUGAACUUCUGCCUGGUGGUCUCAUUAUCACCCUCGCCUCUGCUUGCCGGCUGGUGGUCGCUCGCUGCAGUGUCGCCUGCCGGCGCGCUGGAUCUUGUUGCUGCCUCCUGCUGGUUGUUGUCUGGCUCUUUGUGCCGUCCUCGUAGCGGUCGGGCUGGAGGCUUGCUGAUGCCCGUAGCGCCCGCAUUUGAGCUGAGCAGCUGGAGGGAGCCGGGAGGGGCGAGCUCUUUCAGCACCAUGUGGUCAAGCUGCCGAUAGUGACUAGGCUCGCAGCAGAACACCACACUAUAGCCACCUGACUCAGUCUCGGUCUCGAUGACGGCCUCAAGAGCCGCCAGCGUCUCGUGGACCUUGUCACGAUGUGUGGCGUCACAUGUGAUCUGCAGGCGCAUCUUGGCUCGCGCGAUGGACUCGGGCAUCUGUGUGACGAGCAUGUCGAUGGCCUUGAGGGCCUGCUUCUUGGCUGGCUCGUUCUGCUUGACCGAGUAGCCGAGGUCCUUGAGAGCCGACUCCACCAUGUUCGUCGUCAGCGGCAGGCCCGUCUUGAGAUUGACGCACUUCUCGGCGACAAUGCCGACGAUGUCCUUGAGCAGCGAGUCCUGGACAUGGUGCCGCUCCUUCUCGCUCACUUGGAUCUCGCCCUUCUCGAGUAUCAGCCGGCACACAGUGUCCUCAUCGGUCGUCCCGAACGCCAUCUGCACGUCGUCUUUGUUGGCGUACUGUCCCUUGCCGACGUUCGAGAAGACAGCACGGAUCUGUAGCACUUCGUCGAGGUCCUUCUCGAUGCCCGAGCGGUAGUUGAGCACCUUGUUCUUGUAGCACGCCACCUCGAAGCGCUUCCCAUGAGUCUUGUAGCGCACCACAGCCACAUUGGUCAGACGCACCUGACCGACAGGCUGAAACACACCACGGGACAUCGUUGGAUCACGGUCAGAGAUUAUCAGGUCGGUGUGGAUGCGGCUGCACAGCUGUGCCAGCCACCAUCAGGCCCGUCCCUUGGCUUUUCUCUCCAGC